AUGCAAAGAGCUUUACGACUAAUUGAAAGGUGGUGUAAGGAAAACGAUCUUUCAGUAAACCCUAAGAAAACACAGCUGGUUCUCUUCACUAACAAAAGGAAACCGGAUAUACCAAAAUUACCCACCCUGUUCAAUACGAGCCUCACCCUGUCUAAUGAAGUAAAAUACCUAGGAGUCACCUUGGACAGCAAGCUCAGUUGGAAAAGGCACAUAGAAGACAAAACAAACAAAGCAACUAUUAUAUUACACCAAUGUAAACGCAUGCUAGGUAAAACCUGGGGACUAAAACCUAAAAUAAUGAAUUGGCUGUACCUAGCAGUAGUAAGGAGUACUCUGGCAUAUGCUGCACUCAUAUGGUGGCCAAGAACAGAACUCAUAACUACCCAGCAAGAACUACAAAAAUUUCAACGACAAGCGUGCCUAGCCAUCACUGGCGGCAUGAGCACGACACCAACAACAGCGCUUGAAACCAUACUGGGCAUCCCGCCGCUCCACCUAUAUAUCAAAAAAGAGGCUACACUUGCAGCCCUGAGACUCAGAACCUCAGGACUCUGGAAGAACACCAACACAGCACACACCAAAAUCCUGGAAGAGGCGUACAAAAGGCAACCACAACUAGAGUGGAAAUGCGACAGAACUAGUAAACGCUACAUAUUAGAUAGGCAAUACAAAAUAAACCUAGAAAAAGAACAAAGCAGCAAAACAGAACAAAACACCAUCGAAGUAUACACGGACGGUUCCAAAAGCAAAACAGGCACAGGAUCCGGUAUAGUAUGCCCGGAGCUAAACAUGAGUAUCAGCUACCCACUUGGUAAGAACAAUUCUGUCUUCCAAGCAGAAUGCGUCGGCAUCACUACUGCAGCCAUAGCGAUGACAAACAGGAAGGUAAUGAACAAUAAAAUAAUCAUAAACUCUGACAGCCAAACGGUUCUCCGUUCCCUGGCCAGCAGCAGCACAACCUCUAAUCUCAUAUACGACUGCCACAACGCCCUGGAAACACUCGCUGCCUAUAAUGACAUCACCCUGAGGUGGGUCAAAGGGCAUGACGGGAACCCAGACAACGAAGCGGCAGACUCACUAGCUCGCCAAGCCACAACACUGAAGGUAGUAGGACCAGAACCGAUCGUACCGAUUCCGUUCAGUGAUUACAAAACAUGGCUACAUGAACAAACACAAAGGGAGCAUUCCCAACUUUGGGCCAAUGCAAAAGAUUCCGUCGAAGUGAAAAUAGACGAUACCAGUUGUAAAGACAAUCGGAACUGUCGUAAGAAGACAAGCCAGUAUCCACUGGUAGCUACAAGUGUACAACCACUAAUUAGAAACAAGUGA